UGGCUGUAGCCGUACCUUCCCCUCCCCCUAAACCCUAGCCAUGGCGGCGGCCAACCUCCUCUCGCGGGCGCUCCUCCCCUCUCUAAACCCCAACCCAACCGCCCGCCACAACCGCGCGGGCCCUUCGGCCGUGCCUCUGCGCCGCCGCCACGGCCUCACGGCCUCCGCCCGCGCGUCCCUCUCCACGGCCGCGCCGGCGGCGGUGGCGGCCGACGGCAAGCGCUGCUUCCAGCGCGGCGCCGAUGGCCACCUUUGCUGCGAGGGGGUGAGGGUGGAGGACGCGAUGGCGGCGGCGGAGCGGACCCCCUUCUACCUCUACAGCAGGCCUCAGGUCGUGCGGAACUUCACCGCCUACCGGGACGCCCUCGAGGGGCUCCGCUCGGUUGUGGGCUACGCCGUCAAGGCCAACAACAACCUCCGCGUGCUGCAGCUCCUGCGCGAUCUCGGCUGCGGCGCCGUCCUCGUCAGCGGGAACGAGCUCCGCCUUGCCCUCCGGGCAGGAUUCGACCCCACCAGGUGUAUAUUUAAUGGAAAUGGGAAAACAUUGGAGGAUCUUGUUUUAGCUGCAGAGAGUGGUGUGUUUGUAAAUGUAGACAGUGAAUUUGAUUUGGAGAAUAUUGUCACUGCUGCGAGAGUUGCUGGAAAGAAAGUCCCUGUUUUGCUCAGGAUAAAUCCAGAUGUGGACCCACAGGUCCAUCCUUAUGUUGCCACUGGAAAUAAAACUUCCAAAUUUGGUAUUCGUAAUGAGAAACUACAAUGGUUCUUAGACUCUAUCAAGUCAUACUCAAAUGAUAUCAAACUGGUGGGUGUUCAUUGUCAUCUGGGAUCUACCAUUACAAAGGUGGAUAUAUUUAGAGAUGCUGCAGUUCUUAUGGUGAAUUAUGUUGAUGAAAUUCGAGCACAAGGUUUUGAGUUGGAAUAUCUUAAUAUUGGUGGUGGCCUGGGGAUAGAUUAUCAUCACACAGAUGCAGUCUUGCCUACACCUAUGGACCUCAUCAACACUGUGCGAGAAUUAGUUCUCUCACGAGAUCUUACUCUCAUCAUUGAACCUGGGAGAUCCCUCAUAGCUAACACUUGCUGCUUCGUCAAUAGGGUCACUGGUGUUAAAUCCAAUGGUACAAAGAAUUUCAUUGUAGUUGAUGGCAGCAUGGCGGAGCUUAUCAGACCAAGUCUAUAUGGAGCAUACCAGCAUAUCGAACUGGUUUCUCCUCCUUCCCCAGAUGCAGAAGUAGCAACAUUCGAUAUUGUUGGACCAGUUUGUGAAUCUGCAGAUUUUCUUGGCAAGGACAGGGAACUUCCAACACCCGAUAAGGGAGCUGGUUUGGUGGUUCAUGACGCAGGAGCCUACUGCAUGAGCAUGGCUUCAACCUACAACUUGAAGUUGCGACCGCCUGAAUAUUGGGUAGAAGAUGACGGGUCCAUUGCUAAGAUUCGGCAUGGAGAGACAUUUGAUGACUAUCUGAAGUUCUUUGAUAAUCUCUCUGCCUAAUUCAUUUUCCUGCAACUGUAAUAAGAUCUUUCUGUCAAGCUCCUAUUUUCCUGUGGGUGCGGCUGUAUUCUGAUUUGUAGCGCAGUACAGUGUUGUAGACAGUAUUUUUAUUGUAGUGUGUUUUUAUCCAAAGUCAUCCCAGCGGACUAGAAUAAGAAAUUACCUGCAAUAAAAGUUAUUUUGUAUGCUAUUAGAUCACGCGGGUUGCAUAUUAUCA